AUGUCAUCGAGGUCCCCUUCCCCGGUGGCUACGAAGAAGUUCGAUGCUUAUGAGGAUAAGACGCAAGAAGCUUUGGCCACUUUUGAAAACUUAGAGGAAUGCUCUUACGCUCUAAAGCGCCUUGGUAGUGCGAAAAACAAUGAAUUCAUGGAAUGUGAUUGUUUUGAAGACUUUUCUGAGGGAUUCAAUCAUGCGUGUGACGAAAACUCAGACUGUAUCAAUCGUCUAACGCUUAUUGAGUGUGUUAAUGGACUAUGUGGCUCUUGCGGGGAUGACUGUCAGAAUCAAAGGUUUCAGAAGAAACAGUAUGCAGAUAUCGCCGUAUUUCAAACGAAGCUGAAAGGGUAUGGUGUGCGAGCAGAAAGCGACAUCGAAGAAAAUCAGUUCAUAUAUGAGUAUAAAGGUGAAGUGAUAGCGGAGGAGGAAUUUCGUGAGAGACUUGUUGAAUAUGAUGAGAGGAACUACAAGCAUUUCUAUUUCAUGAUGUUGCAAAACGGUGAAUUUAUUGACGCUACGCUGAAGGGCUCACUAGCUCGGUUCUGUAAUCAUUCCUGUAAUCCAAACGCCUAUGUGAAUAAAUGGGUGGUCGCAGGGAAACUAAGGAUGGGAAUAUUCGCCAAGAGGAAAAUCUCCAGAGGGGAAGAAAUCACUUUCGAUUACAAUGUCGAUAGGUACGGCGCAACAGCACAGAAAUGCUACUGUGAAGAGCCUAAUUGUAUAGGCUUUUUGGGUGGCAAGACUCAGACCGAUGCCGCAUCUCUUUUGCCGCAGAAUAUUGCAGAUGCACUAGCUGUGAGUAGCUCGGCUGAGAAGAAAUGGAUCAAGAUGAAAAAGAGCCAAGGGCUCAAGAUUGAGAAGGCUGAAGGAAAUAAUUUCAACAUCGAAUUUGUGGAAUCACUGCAUCCGUCAGGUUGCGAGAAUCCCCAAGAUGUGACAAAAGUUAUGAGUGUUCUGUUGCAGGCAGAUGAUAGACUAAUUGCACAGAAGCUAUUUAACAGACUAUACGAGAUAGAGGAUGAGUCUUUGCACCACCAGGUCAUCAAGCUGCAUGGAUAUACGUGCCUGGCAAAACUGCUUCAGAUCUUCGAGGACGAUUUGGAGAUGGGCCAAAAGAUUGUUAGCUUCCUGUUGAAGUUACCCAAGACAACUAAGAAUGGUAUUACUGCGUCCCAGAUCGAUCAACAGGUCUCAUAUUUGAAGGAAAAGCAAAAAGGAUUGGCAGAAGACUGCGACGAGUUACUGGCCAAAUGGGCCGAGUUUGAGACCUACAAAAGAAUAGAUAAGAAAGACAUAAGGGAAGCAUCGAAUAGAAUGGUUGACUUACGACGGAUCAGAUUACCACCAGGAUGGGAAAUCGUUCACGAAAAUGGUAAACCCAUGUAUUAUAACGCUCAACAAAAAACAAAGCUGCAUAACCCACCAACGGGCUCUUCGAAAACGUUUAAUUCGAAACCCUACUCAGCAAAAGAUAGCGCCUCCAGGAGAAACGGCACUAACGGGACCAAGCGGCCCAGACUGGAUAACGAAGAAUACGAAAAGAACAAGCAGAAACGACUAGAGAUGGAGAUGGAAGCCAUUGAGCAGGCAAAGAAGGAGGAAAUGCGCGCCUUGAAAGGCAAGAUGGAGCUGGAAAACCAAAAGAGAAACGAUCUUCUGAGAAUUAUCGAAGAAGCCAAUAAGCAGAGGGAACUCGAGAAAGAGGCUCAGAUCAAAGAGGAGAAAGAGAGAGAAGAAAGAAAGCUGAAGAAGAAAAAGCUUUCUCAAACAAAUCACUUGGAGCACAAAUGGAACAAGUUUUUCGCCUCAUUUGUCCCAAACCUGCUAAGGAAGUACGAGCAUGAAAAUGACUUAUCUCAUGAUCACGCCAAGCUGUGCGCCAGGGACAUAGUCAAGAUUCUGACAGCGAAAGAACUCAAGAAAGACUUGACCAAAUCACCUCCUAAGGAGCCAACGAAAGAGAAGCGCCUCAAAGUGAAGCAAUUCACUCAGUCAUAUAUGGAGAAGUUUUUGCAGAAGAGGAAGAAAGAUCUUCGAAACCACAAGCAGUAA